CUUUGGAAGCUUGUAGUGGCUCUAGCCUCAGGUCCCGGCCCUCUUCCCGCCCCUCCCCUCCCCUAAAGUCCCUUCACCUUGGUGCUGCCAAACAUCUGGAUCACCCUGGGCACCACGAGGAGUUGAAUUUCGACCAGUAACGCGACUUUUUAUAUUUUUUUUCCCGACCUCCCGCUCACAUCUGUAAAACCCACUGGUUUUUUUUACCAUACUUUUGAUAAGGACGAGACGUUUUCUAGGAAGAUGGUGGCAGAAAAAGAGACCCUGACUUUAAACAAAUGCCCAGAUAAGAUGUCGAAGAGGACCAAACUGCUGCCACAACAGCCGCUCGCGGUGCACCAGCCUCAUUCCCUGGUUUCUGAGGGCUUCACAGUCAAAGCCAUGAUGAAAAACUCAGUCGUCUUGAGCAGAAGAGUGAAGAAAGCUUCAGCACAAGGGGCAAGCAACAAGCAAGCAGCAUGGGUGCGGGGCCCUCCAGCUGCAGGGGCAUUUAAAGAAAGGCCAACCAAGCCUACCGCUUUCCGAAAAUUUUAUGAGCGAGGAGACUUCCCAAUCGCCCUUGAGCACGACUCGAAAGGAAACAAAAUUGCCUGGAAGGUAGAAAUCGAGAAGCUGGAUUAUCAUCAUUAUCUGCCUCUGUUUUUUGAUGGGCUUUGCGAAAUGACAUUUCCCUAUGAGUUUUUUGCUCGGCAAGGAAUCCAUGACAUGCUGGAACACGGGGGAAACAAGAUUCUGCCUGUCAUUCCACAGCUCAUUAUCCCGAUAAAAAAUGCCUUGAACCUCCGAAACAGACAGGUCAUUUGCGUCACUCUCAAAGUCCUCCAGCAUCUGGUUGUAUCGGCUGAGAUGGUGGGUGAAGCUUUGGUGCCUUACUACCGUCAGAUCCUGCCAAUCCUGAACAUCUUCAAGAAUAUGAAUGUGAACUCCGGGGAUGGCAUCGACUACAGCCAGCAGAAGAGGGAGAACAUUGGCGACCUGAUCCAGGAGACCCUGGAAGCCUUCGAGCGCUAUGGAGGGGAGGACGCCUUCAUCAACAUUAAGUACAUGGUGCCCACCUAUGAGUCGUGCUUACUGAACUGACAGGGCUGCUGCGGUGGGGGGGGGGGGGGCUCCCUCGAUGCCACACUCAUCUUCUCCCGUUGGCCUAGCAUCUCAUUACUUGUGACGUCUACAGCUCUCUCAGUACAGCUGCAAACAUAGUGGCCCCUGGGCCACAAGACUGUUAGCCCUAUUGAGAGAAAGGCUUUCCGACACAUAAAUGACACAUAAAUAGUGCCUGUUUCGUAGAUUACAAUAGUGUACUGUGCUUAUUUUUCUCCACGAGCAGAAUCGCUUCAUUAUCCAGCUCAGAUGGAGGCAGGAGUCCGAGUUAAACCUUCAGUUGUAUAGACAACAAAACUAUAAUUUUCAUAUGUGAUUCAGCAAUUGCUGUGCUGUGUCUUCCUGCCCUGAGGGUGAUGUCAGGGGCUGUAAGGAAGAGUUUGUGCUGACUGCUUAAUAGGUGUUUGUCAUGGAAGAGAAACAUCAGUUCAGCGGUGCCUCUCCAGCAGCUGUGUAGAAUAAUGUGCUUUUGACAUUCAAUAAAACUGUUGAGUCUCC